CUCCAUUGAUCGAUCCAUUCCCAUCCUCUGCGAGCAGCACGCGCGCGAAGGCGCCGCCGCCGAUCGAGACUAACUCACAAGCCACUGCCCACGGCCACAGAACCCAAAUCGUGAAAAUCCGUUAGAAAGAAAGCACUGCGGCGAGAGCGCGCAGCUAAUGGCGGACUACAGUGGAGAGUACGGGCACCCGUACCCGCGCGUCGACCAGUACGGCAACCCAGUGCCGCCGGUCGACCAGUACGGCAACCCCAUCCCGAGGGAACUGGGCCUGCUGCCCACGUACAGCUCGGAAGGCAUCGGCGACAUGGUGGUGGCGCCGGCCGAUUACGGCGCCGGCAUGGCUAGCACGGCGUACCCGCACGAGGGCGUGAUACUUGGCGGCGGCGGCGCCGUUUCCCCGAACGGCGCCACCGAGGCUUACACACACGAUGAGGGCGCGCUAAGCGGCGGCAGUCUCGCCCCUGGCGAGACCACGGCGUACGCUUAUGAUGAGGGCGUGGUCGGCAGCGGCAUCAUCGCGGGCGACCAGCUCCAGUCCAGCAGGGAGAAGGAGGAGCACACGACGCUCGGCGAAACUCUUCGCCGCUCCGGCAGCUCCAGCUCCAGCUCGUCGUCGGAGGAUGACGGUCAAGGCGGGCGGCAGAGGAGGAAGAAGAGCAUCAAGGAGAAGAUAAAGGAGAAGUUUCCGGGCAGCAAUAACAGCAACAAGCAGGAGGAGCACAAGGGCGCCGGGCACGCGGUGCCGGCGGCGGCUGGGACGGGGACGCAUGCAGCGGCAACGCACGAAAAGAAGGGCAUCAUGCAGAAGAUCAAGGAGAAGCUCCCUGGCCACCACUGAGCACGUACGCGCCUCAGUUGACGACGACGGUUCUCGCUUCUUGGGCUUGUAUGGCGUUAGAUUAGAUAGACAUAUAUUAGCCUCAUAAGCUGUACUGCUAGGUGCUAGCCGAUCAGUACUUGUGUGCACCACUAGUAUAUCAAAGUUCGGUAGCCGAUCAGUACUUGUGCACAUGUUGGUGUGCGUGAUCGAUGUUGAAUCGCACCAUGGUGAUGUUCUGUACCUUUAGAAUUUA